UCAUAUCAAACCACUCUGACUUCGCUUAGGCUACAUUUCAGCAAUUACACACAGAAUUUUUGAAAAAUAAUUUUAAUAAGUUCCCCUUUAUAUUCGUCGAAACUGCAGGCCAUUGAAACGGAUACACCCUCAAUCUUUUAACAUGUGAAACUGUUUCAAACGACGUCCAUCCCGGGGUCCAUUUCUUCUAGACGAUGUGGCGUCGCUGACUUCUAUCAGUUUGCUGUGAAGAGAGUCUGUAACCGCAGACAGUCGAUGGGAGACAUCGAACACUCACAUAGGCCGAGAAAUUAAACAUCUCCGUGACAUAAUCCGUCGUAUUAAAAACGACAGAAAGCACUGCGAGGGGUCUGAGGCACAGCCGCUAAGCUAAUGUAACUCUCUCCGUCUGAGGCGAGGCGUCACGUGGUCGCGCUCGCGGCACGGCAGAAGUUUGUGGUGUCAGAUGGAGAGAAGAUCCCGACCAACACAGACCUGUUAGCAGGCUGUGGACGAUGUGCGGACUCUUCGUGUUUCACCAGAGUCACAGCUAAGACAUCUUCACUGUUUUCUCACCGACCACCAUCUGGUUUUUCAUUCUGAAGGCUUGGACUAAACGGACAGUCGUUAAAAGGUACAAACCGGCUUUUGGGAAACAAAGGAAGCAAAUGGACCGCAACGAGGAACGGAGCCUCUCCAGAAAGGGUUUGUCUGCGGCUCACUGAAAGUAAAGGAGAUGCUUAUGGGAAUCUCCAGUUCCUUAUCUAUAAGGAUAUCUUUGUCAGACGCGCUAUCAUGACUGAUGGCGAGGGGAGAGAACACUUUCACUUCUUGGAGAGCGAAGAGGCGCGGGUCCCCAUCGCUGCGCUCUACGGGGAUGAGGAGGGGAAAGGCGGCAGCGCGUGGAGCCCCGUGUCCGAGAGCGCGGAGGCGCGCGCGGCCGGUGCUCGCGAGCCCGCGCCCGACCUGCUGUCUGAGGAAGAGGAGCAGCCGUAUCCAAAGCACGCGGCUGUCGUCUUCUUCUGCUUCAAACAAACCACACGGCCGCGGAGCUGGUGUCUCAGGAUGGUGUGUAACCCUUGGUUCGAACAUGUGAGCAUGCUGGUUAUCCUGCUGAACUGUGUGACCCUGGGCAUGUUCCAGCCCUGUGAGGACGUCAAGUGCCAGUCCGAGUGGUGUAUCAUCCUCCAGGCAUUUGAUGACUGCAUCUUCGCCUUCUUUGCUGUGGAGAUGGUCAUCAAGAUGAUGGCUCUAGGGAUUUUUGGAUCAGAGUGUUACCUUGGAGACACAUGGAACCGUCUGGACUUCUUCAUCGUUAUGGCGGGGAUGUUGGAGUACUCACUGGACGGCCACAACGCAAGCCUGUCAGCCAUCCGGACUGUACGUGUGCUCAGGCCUCUAAAAGCCAUCAACAGAGUUCCCAGUAUGAAGAUACUGGUGACUCUGCUCCUAGAUACUCUGCCUAUGUUAGGCAAUGUCCUCCUGCUGUGCUUUUUUGUCUUCUUUAUAUUCGGCAUAGUCGGGGUGCAGCUCUGGGCUGGUCUCCUGAGGAAUAGAUGUUUCUUGGACAAGGAGGUGAAGGAUGUGUAUAAUCUGUCCUUCAUGAAUCCGUACUUCAUGCGUGAGGAAGGUGAGGACAGCCCAUUCAUCUGCUCCUCUGAGAAGGAGAACGGUAUGCUCCGCUGCCGUGACGUGCCUCGAUUAAGGGAGGGCGAGACGGAGUGUACACUGAAUGUGACCCCUGGACAUGCCUAUUUCAGCACCGAUGGGUCCAACAGGAACAGCUGUGUGAACUGGAACCAGUACUACAGUGUAUGUCGGCCCGGAGAACUGAAUCCACAUAAAGGGGCUGUGAACUUUGAUAAUAUUGGAUAUGCUUGGAUCGCUAUAUUCCAGGUUAUCACUUUGGAAGGAUGGGUGGACAUCAUGUAUUACGUUAUGGAUGCCCACUCCUUUUACAAUUUUAUAUAUUUUAUAUUGCUCAUCAUAGUGGGCUCUUUCUUCAUGAUCAACCUGUGCCUGGUUGUAAUUGCAACCCAGUUCUCUGAGACGAAGCAGCGGGUGAACAAGCUGAUGAAGGACCAGCGUGUGUGCUACCAGUCCAAUGACAGCACGCUUGCCAGCUACUCUGAGCCUGGCAGCUGCUAUGAGGAGAUGCUCAGGUACAUCAGCCACCUGUACCGGAAGGUGAAGCGCCGUGCAUCACGCGUAUACCACGGCUGGCAGAGCAAGCGACGGAAGAAAAUCAACCCCAACAGCAGCCUUCCCGGAGGGGGAGGAGGGGCAAGCUCAGGGGGAGCAAAUGGGCACAACAGGCAGAGGGGCAGUGGCCACUGGGCACGUUCUAUCCGUAACCUCAUCCAGCACCACCAGCACCACCACUGUCACCUCAGCAAUGGUCUCCCCAGCCCACAGGCCACUGCAGGAAGCAGCGAGGCUCUGGAGAUGAGGUUUAUCACAUCAGGGCCGCAGCUAGCAUUGCCCUCACAGCUAACUACUGGGCAGGAUCUUUCACCAGUAGCCCAAUCAGUGCACAGCAUCUUUCAAGGUGACUUUCAUGAGGCUGCGCAGGUUUGCACAGGCACCGCAGCUGGUGUGACUCCACUAGGGAGGCUUAAUGGGGGCAUGAACUAUCCUACCAUUUUGCCAUCCUUCAUCUGCAGCUACACAGGAAGAAACCCCACAGCCAAAGGGAGGGGCGAGACCAACAACGGCACAGCAGAUGUGUCAGAUCCCUUUGAAAAACUUCAGCAGCUCACAGGAGACCACAGUCAUAGUCGCUUGCUGCUGCAGAUGACGGGUGUGGUGCCCACAUCACUGCUCUUCGAGGUGCUGGGCUGCCCAUACUGUGCCCGGGCAUUGGAGACCAUGGACCUUGAGCUGGCUGAGUCUGAGUGCUCCCGGUCCGAGGGGGAGGUGGUGCACGAGUUCUCUCACGGAGCAGAGUUCAAACCAGUCCAUUCGCGCCACCACAAGAGGUUUCAGGAGCGCAGCCGCAUUACUCGCUACUGGGAGGAUUUCAGGGACAGGAUGAAGCGCAUCGUGGAUAGCAAGUACUUCAAUAGGGGGAUUAUGAUUGCCAUCCUCAUCAACACCUUGAGCAUGGGAAUCGAGUAUCAUGAGCAGCCUGAUGAACUGACAGACAUCCUGGAGAUCAGCAAUAUUGUCUUUACCAGCAUGUUUGUCCUUGAGAUGGUCUUCAAGCUGGUGGCCUUUGGCCUCUAUGGAUAUAUCAAGAACCCAUAUAACAUCUUUGAUGGGAUCAUUGUAGUGAUAAGCGUGUGGGAGAUCAUUGGGCAGGCUGAUGGUGGGCUCUCCGUGCUCAGGACCUUUCGUCUGUUGCGAGUGCUUAAGCUAGUGCGCUUCUUACCGGCUCUGCGCAGACAGCUGGUGGUCCUGAUGAAGUCAAUGGACAACGUGGCCACAUUCUGCAUGCUGCUCAUGCUCUUCAUCUUCACUUUCAGUAUUCUUGGAAUGCAUUUGUUUGGGUGCAAAUUCAGCCUGAAGAUGGAGAAUGGAGACACUAUUCCAGAUAGGAAGAACUUUGACUCUCUGCUGUGGGCCAUCGUCACUGUGUUUCAGAUACUUACUCAGGAGGACUGGAAUGUGGUCCUCUAUAAUGGAAUGGCUUCCACCUCUCCACUGGCUGCACUUUACUUUGUAGCCCUUAUGACGUUUGGGAAUUAUGUCCUCUUUAAUUUGCUGGUGGCCAUCCUGGUUGAGGCCUUCCAAGCAGAGGGAGAUGCCAACAAGUCCGACUCAGACGAGGAAAAGAGGUCAGUUGACUUUGAAGAAGAGGAGAAGAUGGCGGAAUUGCGUGCCAGAGAGUUGAAGAUGUACUCCCUGAUGAUGUCAGCAAAUGGACAUGUGGACUCCCGUGGUAACCUGCCCCCACCAAUCAUCAUGCACACGGCUGCCACCCCCAUGCCCACGCCAAAGAGCUCACUUGGCCCAGAGUCUGUCUUCGGUUUGGGAGAGUCGAGGCGUGGCAGUGGGGUCUCCAUUGACCCAAAUGGCUACGAUCAGAGGUCCCUGUCCAGCCCACGCAGAUCGCCAUGCCACCCUCGGAGCUCAGGCAGUAACUGGGGCAGCCGGAGAUCGAGCUGGAACAGCCUCAGCAGAGCACCAAGCCUGAAGAGGAAAGAUACAUCUGGUGAGAGAGAGUCUCUUCUGUCUGGUGAGGGCAGAGGCAGCUUUGAGGAUGAGGAUAAAGAGGGCAACCUUUCAGGAAGAGCAGGCAGCACCAGCGGCGGAUCUCUGCAGCAGCCCAGUUCUCUGGAGUUCCCUGAGCUGCCUCCAGGGUCCAGUCUGUACUCGUCCGGGGAGUACCAUGACUGCAAUGGAAGGGCACUGCAUCUGCCUACAGAGCUUCCCUCAGAGCUGAGUCGAGAGGACUCCACCACAGAGGAGGAUAUGGACGAUAGUAUCUGUUUCCGUCUAAAGAAGAUGCUGGAUGCUUAUAAACCGCAGUGGUGUAAGGAUCAUGAGGACUGGUCCCUAUAUCUGUUCUCCCCUCAAAACAGAUUUCGGAUGGCCUGUCAUCGACUCAUCUCGCACAAAAUAUUUGACUAUGUGGUCUUGGUUUUCAUCUUUCUUAACUGCAUCACAAUUGCUCUGGAGAGGCCAAAUAUUCACGUUCAAAGCACAGAGCGACUAUUUCUCACUAUUUCCAAUUAUGUAUUCACUGUGAUCUUUGUUGCUGAAAUGACUGUGAAGGUGGUGGCCCUUGGCUUCUACAGCUACCUGCAGAGCACAUGGAAUGUGUUAGAUGGAGUGCUGGUAUUUGUUUCACUCAUUGACAUCCUGGUGUCUCUAGCAUCCAGUGGCGGUGGGAACCGGAUCUUAGGCAUAUUGAGGGUUCUCCGUCUGCUGAGGACACUCAGGCCUCUGAGGGUGAUCAGCCGUGCUCCUGGACUGAAGCUGGUGGUAGAAACACUGAUAACCUCUCUGAGACCCAUCGGGAACAUAGUACUGAUAUGCUGUGCAUUCUUCAUCAUCUUUGGCAUUCUUGGAGUUCAGCUCUUCAAGGGCAAGUUUUACCAUUGUGAAGGCCUAGACACACGAAACAUCACCAACAAAUCUGAUUGCCUGCAAGCAAACUACAAAUGGAUUCGGCGGAAAUACAACUUUGAUAAUUUGGGGCAGGCUCUCAUGUCACUGUUUGUGCUGUCUUGUAAGGAUGGCUGGGUGAACAUUAUGUAUGAUGGGCUGGAUGCUGUGGGUGUGGACCAACAGCCGGUGCGCAACCAUAACCCAUGGAUGCUGCUUUACUUCAUCUCUUUCCUGCUGAUUGUAAGCUUCUUUGUGCUGAACAUGUUUGUGGGCGUGGUGGUGGAGAACUUCCACAAAUGCCGGCAGGACCAAGAGGAGGAGGAGGCACGCCUGCGUGAAGAGAAGAGGCAGCGGCAGCUGGAGAAAAGGCGCAGGAAGAGACAUCAGAAACCCUACUACGCAGACUACUCUCCAGCCCGUCUCUACAUCCACACACUGUGCUCCAACCACUAUCUGGACCUUUUUAUCACCUUCAUCAUCUGCAUCAAUGUAGUCACCAUGUCCAUGGAGCACUACAAUCAGCCCCUGUAUCUUGAGGAAUCUUUAAAGUACUGCAACUAUGUCUUCACCGUCUUCUUCAUCUUAGAGGCUCUUCUCAAACUCGUGGCUUUUGGCUUCAGAAGAUUCUUCAAAGACAGGUGGAACCAACUGGACUUGGCCAUCGUGCUUCUGUCCAUCAUGGGCAUCACUCUAGAGGAGAUCAAGAUGAAUGCUGCUCUUCCAAUCAACCCCACCAUCAUCCGAAUCAUGAGGGUUCUGAGAAUAGCCAGAGUACUGAAGCUUUUGAAGAUGGCUAAAGGAAUGAGAGCAUUGCUGGACACUGUGAUGCAGGCUCUACCACAGGUGGGAAAUCUGGGCUUGCUGUUUAUGCUUCUCUUCUUCAUCUACGCUGCACUCGGUGUGGAGCUCUUUGGGAAACUGGAAUGCAAUGAAAACAACCCGUGUGAAGGACUGAGUCGACAUGCCACUUUUGAAAACUUCGGAAUGGCUUUUUUGACCCUCUUCAGAGUUUCAACUGGUGACAAUUGGAAUGGAAUAAUGAAGGACACUUUGAGGGAUUGCACUCCUGAAGAUAGCCACUGCAUGAACUACCUGCCUCUAGUCUCUCCAAUCUACUUUGUCACCUUUGUGUUGAUGGCCCAAUUUGUGCUGGUGAAUGUGGUGGUGGCUGUGCUAAUGAAGCAUCUGGAAGAGAGCAAUAAGGAGGCCAAGGAAGAAGCAGAAAUGGACAUCGAAAAUGAGCUGGACAAGGAGGCCCAAAAUAAUGCUGAUGUCUCAGGAGAGGGCUGUGGUGGACCAGAGGGGAGAGACACCUACAUGGGGCCAAGGCCUGACUCACCUGGGGAUGAUGAGGCGAGGCAAGGGACUCAGAAGAAUUUGCUUUCUCCACGGAAGAUGUCAGUCUCCAGGAUGCACUCUUUGCCCAAUGACAGCUACAUGUUCCGCCCUGUGAGGCCGGCCAGCGCACCAUACCCACUGCAGGAGGUGGAGCCAGCUCAAGGGUUUCUCGAAUUAGGCUCGGUGACCUCGAUCCACUCUCAGCCAUGUGAUGGCCAUUCCCUCCUCCAGGUCCCUGGUGUUCCUCCUCUUCCCAACUUUAACAUCUGCAUGCCUAGGAUCCCUCCUCCCAUGCCUUCCCCCACACAUAGCAUAGGCAGGCCUCUACGUAGACAGGAAGCCGAUAAGAAUGAUUCUGUCGACGUACAGACUUAUGACUCCAAAGACAACUUUGACAAACAGAUUGGGACUACAGCCACUAGCUUCACGUUCCCAGUGCCCCGAAUCUCUGCCUCCAGCAGCCCACAGUUGUCCCCUCUGCUGCCCCUUCGCAGAGGCUCCCAAACCCUCCAGCACCCACGUAGCCAGCGGCACAUCCCUUCCAGGCCACCCAGCCAGGCCAGCAGCGGCAGCGGCAGCACCAGCCCCAGUGGAUCCAUGUUUGACUCAGCCGACCCAGCCGAUGAGGAGGUGCGCCACAUCAACAGCUCUGCCAGGCUGUGGGUGGGGCUUCCAGCAGAGGUAAGAAGCCACUCACUGUCCUCCUACAUGACUCCAGGGCUGCUGCAACCUGUUCCAAUAAAAAACUGCAGCAGCGCUGCCAAUCUGGCUGUCUGCGGCCUCACAGACAAAGACGCAAAGUUCUUCAGUGUGGAUGCCAAAGGGUUUCUGGACAAGCCUUCUGCUGCUGAGGACCACCGGCGUCACUCCAUUGAAAUUUGUCCUUCCCUGGACGAUGACGUGUUCAAUCAAGGCAGCAGUGAAAAGAAGCACCCACCCACACGUGGACACUCUUUGCACAUUCCCAGGAAGAAAAAGAUGAGUCCUCCAUGCAUCUCCAUUGAGCCCCCACUGGAGAUUGAGAUCCCAGCUUCUCUGGCAUCCAUGAAGAAGCUGUCAGAGAGCAGCAUGUUACUGAGAAGAAGGACGCCAUCCUAUGAGCUGGCGUUGCAGCGUGACUCGCUAGACCUUCUGGAGCACCAACUCCCCAGCCAGCCUCUCAUCAAAGUGGAGAGGCACCCAUCCCACUGUGGAGAAUAUCUCUCUCUACCACAGUUCACCUUUGACCAGGUGGACCCCACUUCCAUGGGCAGCCUGGCGGGCAUCCUUUGUGAAAAUGAUCCAUCCAUUCAAUCACGCUCUCCCUUUGACAGCAGACUGGAGGAAUCCACAGACUUCAGCACAGUGAACAGGACGGCUCAAUGAUACAGAUAUAGACAAAGAAAACGUGGACAACUUUAGACAAAUCUUGUAGUGCACACCAUAAAGCGUGGCACUUUUUUUGGAUGUGGGGCACCAACCACUUAAUUCAGUAGCCAAAGUUUUUUCAGAUGUAAUAUUAUGUAAGCCAGCCAGGAUUGGCAACUUUGAUAUGGGUGUGAUCGGGCAAGAUGGGAUAUGCAAUUUCAGGUUUCCAUUUGGAACUCUGGUUCUUUUCUUACUCCCAGUGCUCAAUCACAUUGAUUUGAGUUCAGGAUGUGUAGUGUUUUUUUAAUUCCUUUAUCCAUACCAUCUUGUCAUCAACAUUGCUGUUUUCUGUAAAGGAGUAUACAGAGUAAAUAAAACAAAAACAAACAAAGAAAAAAACAUAAGAACUGUACAUGUUCUGUACUUUAUUAAAUCGUAUAUUGUAAAUAGAGAAAAUAUUGUAUUGGUGAAGAAAAUAGAUCUAUUCAUAUGCACAUAUUUUUUAUAGAGAUCUAUAAUGUUUUUGCACAUAUCAAUUUGAAUUUCAAGUUGACUUGUCUUUUGUUGUCCUCUUGUGAAUGUACAUUUUUUUUUAUCAAAUAGCAGUGGGAUCAAUUAUAGUCUGUUUAGACCUACCGAUACUGAGAUGAAUUUUAUUUUUCUAUUGGGAGGUGGGGUAUGAGAUAUUAAAGUAGAUCUAACGAGAACCAAACAUCAAAUGAUCUGUAGCCUCAGUGCAAUACACUGUAAAUGUUUAUGUAAGUUUACACUGUUAGAAUUCUCACAUUUUACACAAAGUCAGUAACGUGCAUCUCACUAACACAACCCUAUACCAUACUCAAGUUCAUCUCAACGUAUAAAGUAAGUGAUUUCCUCCACACGCAUUCAUUACUGAACUUAAUAAUGGCUUUUUUUUUUGACCCUUAGCUGUGGCACGGGUAGUAUGCAUGUAAAGGACAAAAUAAACCAAUGUAGAUAUGAUAACGUUGCAAGGUAGACUUUGUCCUUGUUCUCCCUUUUUUCUAUUGUCCUUUAUGUCAAAGGAAAAGCCAGAGUCUUUUCUGUGAACAGAGGGAGUUGAUUUUAGCACAAACAGGAUCUGGUUUACCUUUCAGCUUUGACAUGGUGCCUCUACAUUUAUGUCUGCAGUAAAGAAACAGACUAUUACAUGAAAGACUUGUUGCACAUUUCUGUUGGUGAUUCUACAACUAUGGGCACUUCAGCUCCACAUAUGUUCAUUUCCUCAGUAAAGAUGUUAUCGGGCGAAGCUGAAAUAGUACAGCUGCCCAGAAAUAGCUCUGGACCUGUAAGCAGACAGCAUGGCACUGUAUGGUACAGUAUGGUAGGACCUUUGUUUUUAUUUGAAAGCCUUUUUUGUUGUUUACUUAAAAGCAGUUAACUCUGGUUGAAAGAAAAAAUGCAAGGCACAAUAACAAGAACUGCCACUACCAUUAUAUUGACUUUGUUGAUGACAAACAUCUUUAGAUCUCUUUUUCAUCCCAAAUACAGCUAAAUUAAGUUCACAUCAGAUGGUUUUACUUCUGUUGGUAUCACCUGCUCUGUUCAAAGUGAUUAGCAGUGCAGGAUAGCAGGAUAUCCUGAGACAAGAAAUACAGUGUCUACAUGUGUGCUACUAAUGACAAAAUGUCCUAAUAUUUAUAUAAUUGCACUAUUUAAAGUUGUUCAGAUUGUUUUAAAUUGCAUUAAAGUCUAUAAAUAUAGAGGAACAAAAACAUUUACUAUGACUAAAUACUGUAUGUCCUAACACACCUGGAUCUGGAGUAACACACAUUAGAACUGAUUUAAUGUUAAAUAUGAUAAAUAAUGGCAAUUUGUAUUCAUAUUCUAGGACAAAUGUAUUUAAAAUCCCACCUAAAAGUGUAGUAGUAGUAAUAAGGUUGUAUGAAUAAUAAUUAGUCUUUAUCACAAAAUUCUAACGAUUUAUAGGUGAAGAUAUUGAAAAACAUGUCAGUGUCCUCAGCUGACUUACUGAGGCCAGCAAUAUUCUGAUAAAACCGUUAUAGAAGUAAAUUUACAACUUAAGCAUAACUCAAGCAUAAACAUGAGUUUAGUUCUCCCUGAACUGACUAGGACCUGCAAGUGCCCAUAGUUUUAGAAAUGCCCCUGCAGACAUUGGGCCUCAUUCACCAACGGUUCUUAAGAAGAAAUUUCUUCUUAAAAUCUACUUACACAAUUUUCAUGAAGAUUCUGACAUUCACUGAUGUUUUCUUAUUUGGGAUUUGUUCUUGGGUAAGAACAGAAUCUACACACACUGAAGAGCACAAAGGUGCUAACAGUUUUGCGAUUUAAGACACCAUCAUGAAUCUGAUGUAGACUUUUUCUCAACAAUACGUUUAAGAAAAAAACUUAGCAAGAUAUUGGUGAUUGAGGCCUGAUGUCAGGAAGUGUUUUUUAUUCAAAUGAUUGCCUUUGACCAUUGAUUUAGAAACAUAAAAAUCUUAUUGACAGUUAUUUAGCUCACUACCGCAUAUACAUCAAUGUAUCAACAGAACUAGCUAAUAUUUAAUGAAGCUUUCAAGCAGUGGUCAUUUAUUAAUCUUCUCAAUUUCUGAAUCUUGAACUGAUUCAGAAAGUGAAACUAUUGCAUGUUGGAAAAUUUUAGAAAAAAAAUCUGGAUGUUUUUGAUUUUUUUAUAUUUCAACUUCAAUUUGUAGACUAACUACCUAAUUGCACUGAGCUGUAAUGGGCUGUCUAGAUUUUCCUCUUUGUAGAUCAACUUCUUUGUCUAAUGCAAUAUUUUAUGGUAAUCUGUAUCUUUGAGAGAUCAUAGCUCAAGCAGCUUAAGUGUAAGCAGAAAUCAAGGUGUGAAGACAUUGAAGUGGAAUUUGAAAUGCAAUUUUAGUGGACAACGAAUGUUCAGUUAAUUUGACAUGACUGAAAUUUUCCUAGGUUACCACUGCUGUGAUUUUUGCUAUAAGACGGUUGAGAUUUUUUGGGAACAAAUGUUUGAACAAAGAGACUUGAGCGAAGGACGUGGCAUUUGCCAGUGUUUGAAUCACUUUGAGAAUGUUGACAUUACAGGUGUUUGGAAUCUGAGCUUUUGCCAUCAGGCAAUCUAUUGACCUUGAAUAAGUAAUUCAAGUAUUUUUCCUCAAUCUUUCCUGGAAGAAAGUUCCAAUGUUUUUCUUCUUUUUUUUCCUUUUUCUUUAAGCAAAGUAUCUGCAAUAAUUUUGUUUCAGAUUUCUUUGAUUUGAAAUGGCUCAGAUGUUAUUGCAAGAGAGGUAUUUAAAUGGCUAUACGAUUUCUACACUGUAUUGUUACUUUUUAUUGUGCAAAGAUCACACUGUGAUCUGAGCGAUAUUCUCUGUCAUCUAAAGAUAAACAUUUUUAUCCAAAAAUAA